AUGGAACACAGAAGUUUUCUGUCUGGCCUGAUACUGGCUGCCCUUCUCUCCCAAGUGAGCCCCUUCAAUAUCUCUGUGGAGGAACUUGAGGACAGAGUGUUUUUGAGAUGCAAUGAGAGUAUCACGUGGCUAGAAGGAACGGUAGGACAACUGGCCUUAGGCAAUAAAACUAUGGACUUGGGAAAACGCAACCUGGACCCACGAGGAGUGUAUGUGUGCAAUAAGGCAGAUGGACAAACCAGCAAAACACCUACUCUGCAAGUAUACUAUCGAAUGUGCCAGAACUGUGUGGAGCUGGACUCAGCCACCCUGGCAGGCAUCGUCAUCACUGACAUCAUUGCCACUGUGCUCCUUGCUUUGGGUGUCUACUGCUUUGCUGGACACGAGACUGGAAGGCUCUCCAGGGUUGCUGACACUCAAGUUUUGUUGGGGAAUGACCAGCUCUAUCAGCCCCUUCGAGAUCGGAAUGACGCUCAGUACAGUCAUCUUGGUGAGAACUGGGCUCGGAACAAGUGAACCUGAGGCUGGUGGCUUCUAGGCUCAUUGGUUAUCGACUGGACCUUCUCUCCUUGCUCAGCCAAGAAAGCUGUCCUCCUUCACUCAGC